AUGCUCGGCGUUAAUCUGAGUAGCAGCAGUCCAUUGGAGAGACUCAAACGUUUAGCCUGUCCUCCCGGUAUCUGGACGUGCCUCUAUCAGAAACAUGACAGCAUGGACAUCCAUCCCGAGAAAACCAUCGCCCGAGCAGUCCCACUAAACAAUCCGAUGUCAGCUGCUGCUUGUCCCCCCGGAAUAUGGACCUGUGCUACGCUAAAUGGAGAAAGCAAGGGAAGUGGAAACUUAGAUGCAGGACUUCAGGCAGAAGGAACGCAGAUAUCGGUCGACAGAGUGCAGUCUGCGGAAGUCAAGCCUUCUGCAAACAGCACAGGGGAUGCCAAUGAUGAAUUGAAUGAAACAAAUGGGGAAAAAUGUCCCCCCGGGAUCUGGGUUUGCAAAAAGAAACGUUCACUGAAGAAAAAGAUGAAAAAGCCCAAUCGAGUACAGAGAUCAGCAAAAAAGUGUCCCCCCGGAAUUUGGGUGUGUUAAGCACCAUGGAUAUCGAUCGACUCUCGAAGACAUUUUGACGAAGUGAAAAACAAAUGAUCGUUAAACAAGGAACCUGGAAUUCUAGUUCGGCUACAAGCAUGCUGUUACAAUGUUUCAUCUUAACUUAUUCGUUAGUAUUAGAUUUUUGAAUUACUUCAGUUAGGAAAAAGAUAUAUUUAAGCUUGUUUUAAAAGCCUCUGUUUAAGGGAUUAGGGAAUCUAUUCAUUGUAUUUAUAGCAUUUAUGUCAAUUUAUUUGUGUCCAAGUCGAGCCCUUGGGUUAAAACGUUGGAUUAAAGGAGCGCAAGAAACUUGGUUUGAUUUGUGUCAUUUGUGUUCAUUUCACAUGCUUUACUUGGAUAUUUCUUUUUUGAGGUGCGUUGACCCUUCCCCCCCCCCCCCCCCCAACCCCAACACACACACCACAUUCCGAGAGAUACUUUGAUCUUUGCUGGGUAUGCACCACUUGCCACUCAUAACCCCGAGCAAAUAUUAUUAUUCAUGCUGUGACAAAUUAGGAACCGGUUUUAUUUUUCGCUUAUGGGUAAAUCUAACUUUCGCAAUCCCAAUCCCUAGUCACCUUUUGCUUAAGGAUAUCUACCUUACAAAGCUUUUUAAAAGUGGAUGUUAAAUUUCUUUUUUUUGUUAAAGUAAUCCAGUGGAUAACUUCACCAGUUAAGGACUGUGAUUUCUAAUAGCAAAAGUUUCUCAUUGAAACUUAACAAGUUCCCAAAAACAAAAAUUGCCGGAAAAUUCGUGAUUUUGGUGGUUUCGUGCGAUAACAAAGAGGAAGUGUUAAACGGCUAAUUAUUCAACAAGAAAGAAAGCAAACGUCCUGCUCCCUGCUCCGAGUGUCGCCUGUUCUGUUUUAGCGCUGUAAUUAUCUGGCCAAAAAAGGCUUGAAUUAGAUUAUUGGAUGAAAGAAAUGUGGUUUGAUAAGUUGACAGUUCGCAUUCUAAAACUUGCACCUCGUGUCUUGAACUUCAUCAACUUUACACUCCUAAGUGCAGGUCCAACGUCAACUUUGAAAACUUCGGUUUUAAUUUCAAAAUAUCCGAAACAACAAUUUCGGACCAACCUACACAAAAAGUAUUUAUCCACGGGCGGGAUAGUCAUACAAGUACGUGAAAAGAAUCCGCAAAAAUAUCAGGGGCACUCAACGAUACUUUUCGGAAAAUUAUGUGUUCGGAAGACGAUUUGACGGAUCAUUUUCUGUAAAAUUUCUUGCUUGCCUGCCUCUCCUAGGAUUUUCGAACAUCAAAAAAAUGGUAUAAUUGCCCAUUUUUAACAGAUUUUUACCCUAAAAAGGUCACCUAGAAUUUUCGGGAGCCUUUUUUCUGGCUGAAAUUUUCGAAAAGGUAAAUUUUGAUCCCUAUAAUUUUCGGAUCACUAUACUUUCAGCUAGGAAAUCCGAACAGAUGAAAAAUUUUUAGGGGAUAAAAAUAAACCUUUAUCUAUCGUUUAAAUACUAAGUUACGUUCAACAAUGCUAUGUUUAUGUGGUUUUGGACUAUAUCCUCGUUGGGUGCCCCUGAAAUAUUACUAUGAUAUGGCAGGAGCCGAUUACUGGAUAUGAAAAGCGCCAGAAAAAAACAAAGGAAGGGGCGAAAAGAGAUCCUGUCGGCUUAACUAAAAAUUCCCAGUUUUUCAAAAGGGAGGCGAGUCUUUAUAUCCUUCAGUAAAACAAAUUCUAUUUGAAAAAGAACCAAAACAAACAGGUAACGAAAACAACAGAACGAAAAAACAGCAAACGGCAAGCCCUCUGGAAGAGUUGCCCAUAUAUACAGUUAACUUUUUGGAGCGACUAUGUCGCGGAAAGUCGAUCGUUUUUAUUUCCCUCUUGAGCGAUUCAGGCCACGCCUGCCACGUUAGCUAUGGCUCAAACUUCUGUGAUUUGAGUCGGAUAAGUGGUUGUUCUUGUUAGGUCAAUAUACGAUAAGCACUGUGAUAAAUGAAAUGUUUUACUGAGACGAUACACUACAGCAAUAGUGAUGAAAAACUGAAAUUGCCCCUUCCGAGAAUGUCAUGUUACUGGGUUACGUUAGUCGCUUAGAGGCACACUGCAAUAACGAAAACAUCCUGCAAGAAUCUAUUUAGCCUGCGAAUAAAGCCGUCUCUCCGAGGAUCAUCAGUAGCGUUUUUUUCGGAUUUGGCCAUUUUGGGGAUAAUUUCUCGCCCUGAUUUUCGCAUGAAAAGAUCUGAAAACCUGCUGGGUUUUUUGUGUAAGUGUCUUUUGUGGUUUGCGGUUUUUCUCUUUUUUAGCUAUAAGUCGUCAGUUUUCAACCAACAUUUUAGGGAUUAUUAGGAUUAAUUAUUUAGCGUGGUUUCCUGUUUUAAGCAGAAAGAAAAUUCCCGAAAAGAGAGUUUGCUUUGGUCCUACUUUGGGCAUUUUUGCGGUUUUGCAGUUUCUAAUAUGUCCUAAUCACCCCACAGUAAUAUUUCACCGUAUGCUUUUAGUACUGUACAAAAGUUUGUAUCGGAACUGCUAAAAAGAAUUAUCAUUUGUGUGCUUGAGGCGAUUUGAGUUCUGUUCGUGAUCUCUUAUGUGCCCAUGAUAUGCUUUAUUGUAUCACGGAUGAGUCAGAAAACGUGAAAAGAAUCAUCUUCAAUUUCUUGAUUGCCGUCACCUUUCUACUACCUCAGGGCGUGACCUUGUACUCGCCUUGGGGUUUCCUCAUUAGGGGCGUUCUGGGGGUCGAUGAGGGCAUGCAAAGGCAACUAUUCGAUCAACACCAGGUCAAGGUCAAGUAGGACAUUCAAGGUCAUCUGGUCAUGUGCAAUUGACGGAAUUGCCGAUAUCCGUUGAAGGGGAAAUGUCACGCUAUGUGAUCGCUUUGCACUAAUGACGUCACAAAUUUCUGGUCCCUGCUGCGACAAAACAAAACAAAAUCCAGCUGGUUUUCGAUAACACAUAUCCUGAAAAUUAUUGACGUGUGCGAAGAUAAUGUUAAAAACAUGGAAAAACCUGUACGGAUGAGUGAUUCUAUUCAUUUCACAACGGCGGUGUCAUUACUGUGGGUAACAAUAAUUUGGCAUUUUACUAAGAAAUGUAUGGAUAGGAGGACGUCAAAGAUGUUCAUUAAAGUCUCAUUUGGUAACAUUUAGAGGCAAAGGAUGCUCAGUUUUUUUUCUUUUCAAGGGCGACGGCAACUCUUAUUACGCUACCACAGGAUAGUUAAACAAUAUACCACACUUUCUAUGGGUUUACCUGUGUGAUAACCCACGCGGGAUUCUGGGAGAAAACGAAAAAAGCUUGUAAAUCACGAGCCCUAAUUCAAAGACGAGUGAUUUACAAGCUUUUCGAGUGUUCCCCCAACGUCCCAAGUGGAUUAUCACGCAGGUAAACCCAUAGAAAGUGUGGUCUAUUGCUUUUAUAAAAUAACUUUCAGUGUUCUAUGAGUUUACCGGCACAAUAAACCAUAGGUUUUGAACCAAUCAGAGCGAGCGUACUAUCUUAGAUAUUUUAUAAAAACGGUACUGUAUGGUACCUGCCUGGCUGCACAACCAAACAUAACAAACUUAUACAAUUUCGGGUUGUGCUAAUGUUGGUGUGCUUUUCAGCUUAGACUGAAUUCAGCUACUGGCUUGCAAGAAGCACAUCGGGGGAGACUCCGCAUAUGAAAGGGGUGGGGAUGCUCGUCGGAAAUUUUGAAUUACACCCCCUAAAGGAGACCGAUCUGGGCGUGGUCCAAGCUUUUUUUGACCCCUAAAAGAGACCAUGUUAAAACACAGACAAAUGAGAAAACUUGGAUUAUAUGAAUGGAGUAAAUAAAACAAAUUAAAAAUAUACAUAUCAAAUAUAUAUUUCUAUAUUUUUUCGCGUACAAUCCUAAACGAGACCUUCACGGCUAAAUAUGAUGGCGUUUUGCCCAGAACACCUUAAGUGAGACCAAGAUCCGAAAUUUACACCUCUAAGCGAGACGACGACAAUCCCCACCCCUUUUAUAUGCGAAGUCCCCCCCCCCCCGGGAAGCACAUACAAACUUGAUUUUCUCUUUAGCAAUUUCGGUUUUAGAGUACUGUAUUGCACAGUCAGAAGUGUUAUGUCAUGUCCCGGGUGUCAUGUUUCAGUGCAGGGCUAUCUAAAAACAACAACAACAACAAUUUAUUAAGGUACCGUAUUUAUUCGAUUAACCGCCAUGGGCUCUUAUUAAAUUUUUGGACUUUGAGAGUGGGCGCUUAUUCGAGGCAGGUCGCUUAAAAAUUUUCAACAUUUUCAGCAAGUGUGCACAAGUAUGCAAUGCUCAGAACUCACGUGUGACCGGGGAAAGCGUAACAGUAAGGAACUGGGAACGACGCACGUACCCGUAAAUAGCCUGAGUAUCAGGCGUUUCUGGGGAAAAGGGGAAAGAUGGAAGCGAAAAAGGGAGAGACUCCUCUCCCCUAGCCCUUUAGGAAGGCCUGAUACUCAGGCUAACCCGUAAAUAGAGAGCAAAUUAAGGUAACAAACAAGAUCAGCUUGUUCUAGGCGGUUCAGAUGUUUUUCUUUCUCACAUUUUUUUGGGCCAUCCCCACAAUUUGAACGCCUGGAACAGGCUAAAACAAUACUGAUUAACGUACGCCUCCCUUGUAGACUAUGGAAUCAACAGAGUCCUCUUGUGCUUAUAAUAUUUCCAUGCUAUACAUCACUGUUACAUUUGCUCUAACAUUCCAAACGGAUAUUAGAGAGGUUUAGCGUCGCGUUUACGGCAAACGGCAAACGUCAGAUUCAAGAUGAAAAAUUCCCAAAAUAUAGAAUAAAACUGGCGUAAACGUACUGACUUCCUUGUAGUUAUAAUUAACAACUAAAGACAAGUUCAGGAAAAACUUGUUCACGUGGUUCAAAUUCACGUUUGCAGUUUGCCGUAUGACGUCACUCUAAUUUUCUCUAUUUCCUUCAGGAGUCCUCCAGGCUCGCACUGAAUCAUUGCAUCUGGACGAUUUAGAUAAUGCUAUGCAACAGCACUCUGCGAGUUGUCUCUUAUUUUGGUGGGCAAGACAGAAAACAUGCUAUUCCUAAAAAAGCGCUUCUACCAAAUAUAGUGUGACGACAGCUCAAAAGCCAUGUGUUGCAGAAGUGAUUUACCCGGGUGUAAGUCCAAACGGGCUCUCACAAAUGUGUUCGUAACUAGAGCUAGUCGCUUUCGAGAAUGGUCGCAACGAGAGCUCCCAAUGAUAUUUUAAUGUUUUUUUAUCCUUUGGAAAAUGCUGAAAAUUGGUUCAAACCAGCGAUGUGAACAACGUGAUGGUGAGCGAUCGAAAGGGGCGAGGGCAUGGACAAGCGCGCUUAAGAACGAUAUAGUCCGGAACGCCCUAAAUUCUGAUUGGCUGGAAAUAAGAUAGGCUUGGAACCUGUCGCCUUGGCCUGCAAACCAUUAUCAAAUGCCUUGCCAUUAAAAUCCCAUUAUGAUAUCGUCAUAACGGUGUCUUUAUUUUAUCUUUGUUUUUAGAAAACAACUUGAAGCCUCUGGGAAGCAAAGAGUGAAGAAAAGAUAUUUCCAGGAAGGUUUUCAGGAAAAGAGCGUAAAAGUCCACGCGACAAACCUGAGAGGUAUUGUGGGUACUUCAGCAAUUCAGGGACAUCUGCCAAGAAAACGGUACGGAAUGUCGUGUGCAUGCGUUUGCCCAGUACCACAGCUAAAAGGAACGUACUCGAAUGACUUACCUCAUAAACUAUGUUUCUUGCCCCCUCAAUGUAUAAACUGAUAUUUGAGUGAAAUGUUUGCCAAAUGUUCUUUCUUGAAAGCAAACAACUCUAGUGUUGCCCUUGACGAAGGUGUAAUUGUUUAGUUUCAUUGGUAAUCAACCAUCGCUAUGAUAUUAAUUAAAAAACAUUCCAAAAAAACCUACGCUGAUCUCAAAAGUGAAGCGUCACAUAAAGGAUAGGUUCUGCGCCACACUUUGGUGUAGUGAACAGGUAUUCGGACAGAAGCGGAAGUCUGAAGUCCACUGAGACGGAAGCAGGAGCCCAUCAAUUUGAUGGGCUCCUGACGGAAGUAAAUAUUCGGGAGAGAGGACUGGAAUUUAGUUCAGCAAACCCUCUCAGCCAACCGCGCCGGUACGAUGUUCGAUGUGUGUGAACGACUUGUUCUAGUUCUGGGUCGUUACUGUUCAAACUAUACUUGAUAACUUUUCGUACUGGCACGAAAAGCUUAGAAAUUCAAGCGUACUGUAUCAGAUAUCAGAGCGUAUUCGAAGUGAAAAUUUGUAUAAAUCAUGCUAGCUAUUAGCCAAGAGCGUAGCGUCUAUGUACGAACAUACCCCCAUGCACACACGUCGACAGCUGAAAUAUGAAAAAAUAGCAUAUUUUUUAUUUCCUGAUAAAGCCUUUUUUAAUCAUUAAAUAGGGAUUUGACUGAUACAUUUUUCGUGCUGUAUCGGUGUCUUUGUGUUAAUAUUUCUUUAUUAUUCCAUACUAGUCUGAUGGCGUCACUGGCCUUUUUUCCGUAAACACUGUACCUUUCCGACAACACUAGAGAUGGGUAAAAGAAACAACUUAACUUCUGCAUUUUCCUGCCCAUUAAUUUAGUGAAAAUGUCCUGCGGAAAGCCCUGGAAAUGGCAUUUCCGAGACCCUAGCCUGCAGGCGUCGAAAUGGGGUAGGGGAUAGGGAGGAAAGGAAAAAGGGAGGGGGAUUGGGGAGAGAGUACCGAGAUCCUAAAUUUAAAAUUUUACUGGGGGAACAUGCCCCAGAUUCCCUAGGUUGAGUCGACGUCGGCGCCACUAUUUUUCCCCGCGUGCGCAACCAUCAAAAUCUCACGCUACACCCCGCUGCUCUAAUACUUCAUGAAAGUAAACACUCAGGACCAGAUCGAUAAUUCUUUAGUGUUAAAUUUUGAUGUCGUCAUUUGAAAACCAGCAAUAUAUGUAAGAUACCACUACACUCUUUUUUAAAUAAGAAUGUUGUUUUUUCCGGCCCAGGCUGAAGAUUCUUACUUUUCUGCCGAUUUUAGGCUGAAAAUAUUCUUGUAUUAUUCUCAAAUUAUAGCUUAUGACAUUUCCGUUUUAGACUGUAUUGGGGUAUCAAUUAUAGUUAGCGCAGGUUUUUUCGUCUUGUUGGCAAGUUUAUGGAAUGAGUUGAAAACAUAUAAUUGUAUUGUAUUUACAGUUUUUGAACACACAAAAUUAUAUCCUUUUCAAAACCUCUGCCUGGGGUUUAUUCUUAAAAUAUUCUUCAACUUUCGCAAAUUUUAGCCUCUAUAUUCUUAUAAAAUAUAUUUUUAUAGAAAAAAAUUGUGGUCUUUCAAAAAUUUGUACAGUGUAUUAGUCUACCAAUGUGCAUGCCUUAGUUAAAGUUAUAUAGUGCCAUACGUGGCUGCAAAGGAGACUACUUUAUUGGCAGAAGCAGAAAGAAAAUUUUGAAAAGAUCUAGAAAGAUCUGUGCAAUCUUACACUCUUUACCUUUUAUUAUCUUUUCGUUGAGCAAUUUCCGAUCAACAACUGAGUGUCUAAUUCUUAAUGAAUUUCAGGAGUUUUGGCUCAGCUGGUUUAAAGUCCGAAAAAUGUUUCAAAAUCAGUAAAGUAGCCAAGGGUGAGGGUCUGUUACUCCUACUGGGUUCUGAGGACUCCGGGAGUACCCCUGUAUAAGCCAUUUAGGUAUGUACCGCACGCCCUAAAGGGUAUGGUUUUUCCACCCUGUUUGUUCUGAGGCGGAUGUCGACUUUGCCCAUCUUGGUCUGGAAUCGGGUACGGUUUUUGAAAGGGGCACCCAACAACGGUUUUCUCCUAAAUUCAUUGAAAACACUUUUUAGACUAUCCAGGGCACUUUUAGAUAUCUAGAAAUGCAUUUCAAGUGACGCUAUAAAAUUUGUUUCUGUUCGGUCAUCCUAUUUAAAAUUGGGUCUUUUCGAAAUUACAAGGUCUUCAGUAUUAUUUUCCCGAAAAUUUUAGAUGACGUAUUACAAAAGUAUGAAUUUUCCGGAUUCUUCUCUCCAUCACAUUUUUGAAUGACAAAAAUUUAAUUUUAGCUUUCCUUUUAUUCUACAAAAAAUAGCCUAUCCUGGGUAAUAAAAUGUGAAAAUUAAACUUCAGAAAAUUCAUGAGGAAUUCAUUAGAUAGGCGUCGAAAAUUGUACAUGAAUGGAACGGUCAUCGAGAAAUUUGUAGCCGCCCUCAAAUAAUAGAAAAUUCUAGGCAAUAUUUGCUUCUCCGAACAGAUAUUUUACAGAAAACAGUCGUUCGGUACCCCCAGCUGUUUCGAGGGAACUACAAGAGUGUGUGAAAGCAUUUGUCCUUUCAGUUUCAAACGAAUAAGAAAGAAAGAGAAGUGAUGCGAAUUCGAAAUACUGAGGUUUCGCUCGUGUAUGGCUGUUACCGUUUACGAAAUCGUUCUCCGUCGGUCGCGUAGUUGUUUUGCUUUGUGCGCCUCCCCUGGGACAAACCAACUACGAGACUGACAAGCGACGCGAACGAAUUCGUAAUCGAUAAAAGCCAUGCAAGAGAGAAACCUCUGCCAGCAGGGUAGGUCUGAAAACGAGUGUGGAGAAUGACAUUUUCUGGUCUGAAAUAGGGUGUCACACCCCAAUCAGAAAUACCCAAGAGUGAUAAAGGUCUGAACCAAUAUUCAUACCUUUGCCCCAAAUCAUAGCUUCGGUUUGCGCACAACUUAUCCCUCCACCUCUUCCUCCGUCCCCCCCAAGGCCGUGCAGGGGAGAUUUGGGCUUCCGUUGGGCUUCAUAAAAAACACGUGACUUGCAAACAAUACUGGACUGCACACGCUGAAGGCAACAGAACGAUUACCGUUGGUGCGGAGUGCAGGGCAAAGCAAUUGAUAUAGGAGGGCAGUUGGCAGUGGAUCGAUAACACUCUGCACGGUACCUGUUUCUCCAAGACGUGACGAAAUUGUAAGUAUUGUAUUCCUUCAGGUGAUUCUUUUGAAUUUGUAGGUGAAAUUCCUGUUGCAAUUCGGUGUUGAAAAUAGCUUCUAUCAGCCUUUAUCACAGAAAUUAUGAAGCAUGUUUGGGUCAAAUGAGAAGAUGACAUCUUCCCACAAAAAUGAGGCAAUUUGCUAAACUCUUCAUUUAAAUUGAUGUGACUAUUCAAAUGAACUAUGUUUAGCAAAUAAUGCCAGUCAUCAAUUUGUCCGCCCAAAGUUUUCUUCCAGAUUUGAAGUGCUUUAAUGAAAAUCAAGGGAAAAAUACACGAUUUUAGGUUGUAAAAAACAAAGAAGGCAGAUUAUAACAAUUGCAUCUCAUAUAAAGGUUCAACAAAAGCUAGACCUACAAAAUAACAAAGUCAACAAACGGGAAAGAUAAUAUUGUUUGGCAGAGAAAUACUUAUCGCCCUACCGUUUUUACCCCCCGGCCUUUCUUUCUGAGACAUUCUGUUUUUAAAAUAGCCUAGCAAAUUGCUGAUGUGGUUUUACUCGUCAGGCCGGAUUUCCUGGAAACAGAAUUUCAAUUAUAAGGUCAAUUACAUGCACAAGUCGACUUCACACAUACAAAUUCAUAUAUGCUGAAGUGGCUGAUUUGUAGUCAGUAAAUAGGUGAAAGAAUGUUUUUUAGUACAAUUUUAUUAUCAUUAUAAAAUAGUUUGCAGAGAUCCGAGUUCUUCACUUCCCUGGAGAUAAGCCAUCAGUCGGAAACUGGGUUUAAAACGUUUCCUAUUAAUUUGUUUUAAUUAGUUUGCUUGAGUGCUCCGCAAAGGCCAAAGUGCAAACAAGAUUCGGAAGACGGCAAAUGGGCUUUAUUUUUCGCUGUUAUGGUACGUGCUCUCAGCAGGUGGUUUUACACAAAGGUACAAAUGACCUUGUAUCGCUGUUGCAACAAUAAACGUUUCUAUUUUGAAACUAUCAUCACAUGUGGGAUGACACAGGGAGGCGGCAAGGGGGGGCGAGGAAGCAAAGUGUUACCAUGGGUACCCAAAAAAACUGAGUUUUACUCAUUGUUUGUCCAACGCUCUGUCAUUAUUUUUAUUACUCCAUACCUUCAGCGGCCUCCUUUAGUUGGCCACCCUCAGGGUACCUUCAAGUGGCCGCCGUUUAAUAUUUGUCUUAAUUGGAGAUGGGCCGCUCAACAGAGCGGUUAAACUACGCAUUGUCCCCAUUUUUCCUCAGGGAUAAUAGAGCGCGCGUGAAAAUCACCCACGAGAGAAAAGGCGACACGCGGCGUGGGGUGAUUUUCAGGCGCGCUCGCGUUUCGCUCGCUCUACUAUCCCUGAGGAAAAGUGGGGACUACGCGUAGUCUACAGAGCGGUUCGUCAAAGUAGAAACACCACUUUCAUUCUGAUACCUCUUUCCUUCCUAGAGGCUUCUUUGUGUCAUAGGGAAGCUGGGGAGAGAGAGAAAAGAAAGCGCGCGGGGACAACCAAUUUUUAAUUUUUCUUUUGCUGGUUUUCAGUGUCACGCUAUUCAAAAUUGAUCAAAAUAAAAAUCAAACCCGUCCAAUAGAUAAAGUCCAGAAACUGGGAAAUGAAAGGAGGUAAAUAUGUAAAGACCCUCGCCAAGAUUUAAGUAUCAGAGGAAUAUUUCGAAUACGAGAAUGUUUUAUCCAAAUUUGGAGACGCCAUGCUGGUGCCCAUCCGGAUGAGCACCAACAUGACGGACGGAAACCAACAGAAACAUCUGUUACCGAGUUUUGCUACAAAAGCGUGAAUUUAUUCCUCGAGGAACUCAUAAACAUUAAAGUAAUACUUUUUCUAAUACAUGAACUGUUUAGAUAGCAAAAUUCUCCGAAAUAAUUCACUUUUUUGAUCUACAUGACAGCUCUCUCGGCCGUCAUGUGGAUUCCGCGUCGUGCAAAGGCUUAGGAAUUCAAGCUUACUCUAACACAAAACCAAGAACCCUUUCGAAGCGAAAACUGUAUGAAAAUUAGUUUUCAGCUGCUCUAAUACAUCAUAAAAGUAAAAUCUCAGUAGGAUCGAUAGUUUUGUCGUUUGAAUUUUAGUGACGUCAUGUGGAAUACCCAAAUGGAACCCUGAGGGGAGGAGAGAGUUGUAAAGCAAACACGCGAUGGUCCAAGCAGAGCUAAGCAGCAUUGCUGGUCCACAAUUAGUCGUCUUCUAUCUAGGACAAUGUUUUCUUUCAUCAUAUUUUCGUAGAUAGAGUCAGACUAAGAGUAUCAAGCGCUUGAUAGAGGUGAGAACAAUUAAAUCUCGUCGGGAUGGCCAAAAGAAAGCCGCGCGGCCGCUUGAAAGAGAGGAGACCUUUUAUUGAGAUGCAAGUGUAAUUAGUUUGUUCUGACCUCAAGUAGCAUGCUACGUUUAAAUAGCGCUUUAAUUCUUUUUCUGUUGAUAGUGUACAUGACCCGGCGGAAGCGGUCGGGAAAGGUUAGCAAAUGACCUUUCAAAGGUUCCUUCUAACUUGUGUGUUAUCAGACUGUCACAUCAAGAUUUUGGAUGUGUCACAAGUAAGGCUUUCCACAUGAGUUGUUCGGCAAUUUUUUUUGGCAGCUUCUCGUAUUUCGAGCAACUUUUUUCGUUUUGAGCAUUCUGAGCAAUUUCUCUAGUUAUCUUCUCAUUCUGAGAUGUCGGAGCAGCUUUUAGUGCUUAAAUUGGCCUUCUUCCAUAUUUCACAAUGUUUCCUGCAAAAAAGGAGCCAAAUCCUCCCCACUGGGGCAGAUCAUGAAGUAGCCGGGCUGCUUGGUCAGCGGUUUUUAGAGAAAAUUCAAAAUGGUGGACGAAGAUUCACACUCGACUGACUCGAGUGUCUCGGGUGAAGAAGGUCAUUCAACAAUUUUAUUGGCUCAAUUCAUUUUUUUGGUUUUUAUUGAUGACUAAGUUAUUUAGCAAAGCUGAUUACAUCGCAAAAUUGCACAAUAAUGCUUAGAAAUCUUACUUUUGUUGUACAAUUUUCAUAUUUUAGCAUCAGACCAAAGAAAGUUUUCUUUUUUGCGAGCAACUGUUGAGCAACUUUCGUCACAACUUUUGAUUUUUUUUUAGCAACUUUUUGAGAAAUUCCGGGAAACGUUUGGAAAAAUCUCGAGCAACUUGUGGAAAGCCCUAGUCACAAAGUUCACUGAAUGGUUUUGUAACAGGCCCUUCUCUCUCUCUCUUCCCUCUCCCCUCCCCUCCCCCUCUAAAAUUCCCUCUCCCCUAACCCCUAAGGAGGGUCUAAUACUCAGGCUUCUUCGCUCGAACGCCUGCAGUCCAGAAGGUAGGGAAGUGUCAACUAAAAGAUGUGAAGCACGUCAGGGCUUGAACAUCUACACGGUGAUAUACCCAAGGAAAAAGUUACAUUUAUAAAUGACCUGAUACCAAAUGUAUUCGUAUAUGUCUUGACACCUUUUAAAUACCUUAAUCACUCAAUAUGUAAUCCCAUCCAUUUCCGUGUUAUGCCGUCAUGGUAAAUACAUACCCGCAGCAUGUUUAUCGACUCUUCAAUCGACAAAUUAAUUCUCAUGUUUUAAACCCAUCCGUUGGGCAAUGUGUUUUACAUUAUGAUUUUCGUGUUUCUGCAUCCAAUUAAGCCUUUAUACGUCUAUUAGUCAGCAGGAACUAUGUACAGUUAUCACUCUUUCUCGGAUAUUGUGAAGGAUGCAACUUAG